AUGACUCGGGAGAAGCUGAAGAAUGUAGCUGCCCAGCAAGACCAGUUGGAAUUGGUUGCCACUCGGUUGAAGAGCUGCUGUGGGUUCUUGCAGGAGAGCCUGAGAACUGGCAGUCAGGUAGAAAUCCUAGCCAUGGCCAAACCUUUCGUGCAGCAGGUCCAAGACGUGACAUCUUCUUUCAAGCCAGAGUCCUUGGAACCAGAGGAACAAGCUAACUUGGAAUUCAACUGUAGUCAGAAUGAACUACUUCAAAUGUGCCAGCAAUACGGACAAGUCAUUGCCAAUACUGUAUGCCACGCCAAAGGUGAUGGACUCAAGUUGGCAGUGGUAGGAGAGAGAACCACAGCUACAGUGGAGGUGGUGAACUGGAAGGGGAGGAAGUACAGUCGUCCAGUGAAGGUGAGCUGUGAACUGGUGUCCAGUGAUGGGUCCAGGCGAGUGAGAGGAGAGGCAAAGAAAGUGAGAGACGGGGAGUACGAGAUCAGCUACCUCCCCCAGCACAGAGGACCACACUACCUCCACAUCAGAGUAGGAGACAAACACAUCUCAGGAAGUCCAUUCCCUCUCUCUGUCAUCACCACCACACCCACCAAUAUCAUCACUGGUGUCAAAGAUCCUUGGGGUUUGGCUCUCGACAAUAAGGGACAGUUAGUAGUAGUUGAAACUGACGGACACUGUGUAUCAAUAUUCGGUGACUCUGGAGAGAAAGUCAGAUCAUUUGGCGGCCAAGGGCUAUGGUCCAGGUCAGCUGAUACAGCCAUGUGGUGUAGCGCUCUCUGCAACUGGAGAUAUCUGGUGGCCGACCAACUCAACAAUCGAAUUCAGGUCUUCUCUCCUGAUGGGAAGUCAGUGAAAUGUAUUGGCACCAAAGGCAGUGGACCUCUGCAGUUUGACCAGCCUGUAGGUAUUGCUGUGCAUCCUCAAUCCAAGAAGAUAUAUGUUACAGAUACUGCUAAUGACCGAGUCCAGAUCCUCAAUGAAGACCUGACAUUUUCACAAGACGUUUGGCUCCAAAGGCUCAGGCAGAUGGGCAGUUCAAAAGGCUACUUGGAAUCGAUCUUGACGGCAGGGGCAAUGUAUACGUGUCUGAUACAGACAAUCGCAGAAUUCAAGUGUUCAGUGCAAGUGGAGAAUAUAUUCGGCAGUUUCGAAAAAGAGGGAAUGGUGAGGGAGAGUUUAAAGAACCGAAAGGAAUAG